CAUACCUCUCGCCGCCACAUCUUCCUCUCGUCGCCCUACCCUCGGCGUCCCCCGUUCCCCCUCACAUCACCCCACCGACUUCCCGAAACUCGUUUCUUUCAAACUCCAUUCUUCGCGCCGCUACCCUGAAUCCGCUCAAGAAACCCGUCUUCACUCCAGAAGAAUCCAUUCUGGAAGAUAAUGCCUUCGUCGGGUCAGAAAAGAGUGGAUGGUGUAUGCUUCUCGAUCGCGUCCUCAACUUGCUUCAAUGCUCUCCAUGAGUUAUCCGGUUUCCCUGAUAGCAAUCCUGUUGCUGGAUACAUGGCUUACUCUCAUGGUGUCCUGAUACUUUGUUUGUGGAGAUUUGGGGGUCACGUUGCUUGCUAGAAAGUCGUGCUAGCAACAGAGGGUCGUAGACGAUUUCCUUUCCUUUCUAGUGCCGGAAACUGCAGCGUCCCUCGCCGCCGUUGCCCCUAGCCGCCCAGCCAGGGGGCGAUAUAUAUAUAUAUAUAUUUUUAUUUUCGAAAAAGAACUUUUAGUAAGGACAAAUUUGUCAUUUGAUCGAACAUUUUAGUGUUUUUCUCUGACUGUUGUUUGCUAAUUUUAGGCCCCGAGGUAAAUGGGGCCCGCGGUUGAAAUGUGUACGGGCGGGUGCGCCCGCCCGACGAAACAACCAUCAAACACAAUAAAAUUUCUCUCAUUUUCUAUAAAAGAGAGCGGUCGAAAUUUCAACCGCUCAAAAGUCCGAGCCCCGAGCUCUGACUUUCGAGCGGUUGAAAUUUCAACAGCUCGAGUUUUUGUUUCGGGCGCUCAAGCAACCCGACUUCCCUCCGCUGCUCCUCGUCCCUCCUGCUUCUCACCGUGGCAUAAGCGUUCACUCCCACCGUCGCUGCUGCGCAUUAUCCUCUCCGUUGCACCGUCGCAUCUCCGCCAUCGCCUCUCUGCUCUUCCGUCGGGAAGACAUACGCAGAGAUUUGGGCGUUUUCCUCUUUGCUUGUCCCCCUCUGCUACCAACCAUCAUCUAGGAGGAUUGUUCAUCCAUUUCGAGAUGCUGGUACAUCUUUUGUCCAACUUAUGCUUCACGGUCAUCCUAGAAAUUGUUUGGACUUACUCCGUAUGAAAGGGCAUACAUAUAUGAGACUGUGUAACAUUCUAAGGGAUAGAAAUUUGUUGGAGGAUGCUCGUGACAUUACCGUAGAAGAACAAGUAGCUAUAUUGCUUUUGACAAUUGGACAUAAUGAACGGAAUCGUGCUGUUCAAAAUACGUUUCAACAUUCCGGACAAACAAUAAGUAAAUAUGUCAGCCUAGUGCUACGAGCGAUAUGUAUACUGAUGAGAUGAUGCCAGCACAUAUUCGACAUUCUAAACGAUUCUUUCCAUAUUUUGAGAAUUGUUUAGGAGCAAUCGAUGACACACAUAUACCUGCAUGGGUCCCAGCUUCAGAUCAAGCAAGGUUUCGCAAUAGAAAAGGUUUCGUUUCUCAAAACGUCAUGGCUGUAGUCGGAUUAGAUACUAGAUUCCACUACGUUUUGGCUGGAUGGGAAGGAAGUGCAACAGACUCAAGAGUAUUGUACAAUGCACUAGAUCAUGAAACAGACCCAUUUGUUGUCCCAGAAGGAAAAUUUUAUCUGGCUGAUGGGGGGUAUCCAAACAUUGUCGGUUUGCUUACACCUUAUCGAGGACAUCGUUAUCAUAUGUCUGAGUUUAACACUCGGGGAGCACGCUCACCUAGAACAGAAGAAGAAUUAUUCAACCAUAGGCAUUCAUCACUUCGAAAUACAGUAGAAAGAACUUUUGGCAUGUUGAAAGGUCGUUUUUCAAUAUUGAAAAUGCAAGUUCAGUAUCCAUUCCAAAAACAAGCUCAAAUCGUUCUUGCUACAUGUGUAUUGCACAACUUCAUAAUUGAACACAAUCCAAAUGCCGAGCAAUUUGAUGAUGAAGAUGCACCUUCGACUGAUAACUUUGUCUUAAGCGAACCUGAAAUUGCAAGCCAAACACAUCAGCGAGGAAGCAACAAUGCUUUGAGAGCAGCUAUAUCAUCUCAAAUGUUUACAGAUUAUCAAUUGAAUAGACAACGAAGAUGAUGCCCUGCCAAAAGUACUAUGUGGUUUUCGAAGGGCGUGGGCGAGACAUAUAUGACAGCUGGGAGCGGUGCCAACCAUUAGUCUAUCGGUACAAGGGUGCCAUCUUCAGAUCGUUUGAUUCAUUAGAAGUAGCAGAAAAUCACAUGCAUGAGUAUUUCCAGAACAAGUAUGGUGUGCAAGUACGCAAGUCUCCACUCAUUGAAGAUGUCAUCGCAAAGCAAGAUAUAGAAGACACGAAGUUUGAAGAACGGAAGUGCAGCCACAAAUGUUGGAUUACUUGUUUUGUGAUUACAUGUUUUCUUUGUUGGAUAUGUACUCAUUAAACUUUUUUUUUCUUCUUAGUAGAAAAUACACUCUUUUGUGGAUUCGUACUCAUGUAACUUUUGUGGAUAAAACUUUGUUAUGCUUUUAAAGUUCAUUUCGUCAACAAUUUUUGUUUAA